AUGGCUCUAUGGGAAAGGCAUCAGGGAUCGAGGGAAUGGCGGGAAUGCAAUGACAAAGGUCGAAAAAAGGGAUUUACCGGGGUCAGGGGGCGGUCCAGCUCAUCAUCGACCACCCGUGGCCCUUUCUUCUUCACUGUUGAGACAUCCCACAAUGAAUUCCUUCAGUCCGUUGUUGCCUGUGCUGCAAGUGGCACUCAUGUUCCUUCUAUCAAUGCAAUCAACCAGUCGCAGCUUUUCUGGAAACUGAAUGUCCCUGCUAACAACAAGAAGAAACCUCUGGCAAAUGUGCAGGGGUAUCGGGCCCUCAUCUUGAAGGUUGCUGCACUACUCAACAAAAAAAAGGAUGUGACAAUCACUAUUAUCUUGCCGCCGCUUUUGAAGAACAUUCCGUCUACCUCUGCUACCUCUUCUGCACAUACUGGAGAGCAUGGAGACAGUGAUGAGGAGGAGCUUCAGGAUGGGUCAAUUGGAUCGUCUGUCCGAGAACAGAAGGCCGUCAUUGGCCACGCUAACACCGGAGUCAUUGAACAGCUUCGGCAGCUAUAUCCAGUGGGAUCUAAUCCAUUAUACCCAACCAAAAGGGUUUACACCGCAGAUGGUUGUUCAUGGGAGUUGAAUGAUUUACGUCUCCAGGUUUGGGCUAUGCAUCUGAUGGCUGACCCACCUACAGCGACUCUUGACGCCCCGCCAGUCAGCACCCACUUUUCCAAAUCCCAAAAGCUUCAUGCGCCGGUGACAACACCUGCAUCAACCGCUACAGUCACCUCUGGCGUGCCCCCCAUUGGUGCCACUCAACCUCAAAUGCCUCAAAUGCUGUACAGCUACCCCCCUUAUCCAUUCUAUCCUCCAUACCCAUAUUCGCAAUAUCCGCCACCACAACCACAUGACCUGAACCCUCACAACCACCUCUUCCAUGCUGUCCGAUCUCAAACUCCAGUUCCCACUGCAGGGCCCAGCACAUGUCCAGCUGAGGGGGGUGGUUCUGCUCCAGGAUCACCUCUCAAGAUAACGCUGACUUGUCCUGUCUCGUUGGGUGAAUUUUGCAAACAUUAUGAGGUUGAGGAGGAUGACCAAUGUCGCUUGGCGGUUCUCCAAUAUCAACCUGGAGAUCGCCAUAUCGAAAAGCUUGAACACAAAGACUGGCAAGGACAUGCAGGGUUUUCGAAGCUUGCCUGGGAGGAUGUCCUGUCCAAACACAAGGUCUUUGUCCGUGAUAUCAAGGCUGGAAGCUGGGUCUAA